GCACUGCGGCAGUGCCGAUAGAAAACAGCAGUUUUUUUUUCGCACUGCGGCAGUGCCGAUAGCCUCACCUGUGUACGUACGUGUGUAUGUGAGUUGCACCGUACACGAAACGAACACACAACGGUCAACGAACCACCACCAGGUGCACGUCGCACUGAGGUGGGACACCUGUAACAUUUUGAUAAUGAAUGUGUAGCUCCUAGCUGAAAGGCAAGUAAGGCCUACUGUAUAUGCAGUUGCACACUUGAUAGAAUAUACGAAUAAGAUGGCUGAGCCUUCUACAUACUCUUUUCUUGGCCGAGGGAGAGGUGGUCGAGGAAGAGGACAUCCUAGGGAUCAUAGCAGUACAAAGUAUUCACAAGAUUGGAGAAACUAUAACGAAGCUCAAAGGAAUGGAGGUGGAGCAACUUUGGGUGCCCGGAGCAAGAAUAUUGAGACUGAGAAACAACAUGAACACCAACCUGCUCAGCAGUUACAGGAACAUCAGGUACUUGAAGAUGAAUACGAAACAUCAUCCGAUGAAGAUGAAGCCAGCAACUAUCAAGAUAUACUAAAAGCUACUUACAAAGAUUAUAGCAUGCAUCUAGGCGAUUCCAAUAGCAAUGAAGCAAUUUCCCUACAACACCAGUUUCAGAGUGAAAAGACAGUUUGCCUAAUUUGUAUCGAAACUGUUAAACGAGAAGAGGAGAUUUGGUAUUGUCAGACAUGUUACUGCAUCCUGCACCUUCAAUGUAUUCAGAAGUGGGCUCAAGAGGGCUCUGUUCAAAAAAACUUUCUUUCGGAAGAGAACUUUCCGGAAGCAGAGAAACUUUGGCAUUGUCCUAACUGUCGAUUUGAGUAUAAGAAGUCUGAAUGCCCUUCAAGGUAUGUAUGUCACUGCGGCAAGGAGGUUGAUCCAAAGCCUGAUCCCUGGCUGACUCCUCACACCUGUGGACAGACCUGUGGCAAGCCUCUGAAACCACUCUGCAACCACCAGUGUCUGUUGCUCUGCCAUCCAGGUGCCUGCCCUCCAUGUCCAAAAACCAUCUGUACGUCGUGCUUCUGUGGCCGAGAAGCACCGACCCUGAAACGUUGCUCUGCAAGUCAGUGGUCCUGUCAGAAGCCCUGUGCUGCUAAGCUGGAAUGCGGCCACAAAUGCGAUACACCUUGUCAUGCAGGAGAUUGCCCACCCUGUCCAAAGAUGAGUCAGCGUUCAUGCCUUUGUGGUAGGUUAGCUACACUGAGGUCAUGCGAGUCCCUGGUGUGGCAGUGCAACUGUGUUUGCGGGAAAGUGCUCUCCUGUGGAAACCACACGUGUGAGGAGGUAUGCCACGAGGGAAAGUGCAAAGGUUGCCCAAGAGCCGAAAAUAGGUCAUGCCCAUGUGGAAAAACAAAAUAUCAACUACCCUGCACUGAAGAUGUGCCCACCUGUGGUGACACCUGCAACAAGCUUCUGGAAUGUGGUCUUCAUCAGUGCACUAACAGAUGUCAUACUGGACCAUGUGAAAAUGUAAGUAGUUUCAUGACUACAGGACUAUGUUAUCCAUGUCGUGAAUUGUCUAAAAUUCAAUGCAACUGUGGCAAAACUGUCCAGAAGGUUCGUUGUGGCAUGGAGCGCGUCACAAAACCACCACGCUGCAAGCAGUCUUGCAGCACUCCGCCAUCCUGUCAUCAUAUCAGACGUGAGCCCCAUCAUUGUCACUUUGGACAAUGUCCACCAUGUAGACAGCUAUGUGACAAGCCACUGUCAGGGUGCAGUCACCGUUGUCCUAAGGGUUGUCACGAUGAUGUCACUGUCAAGCAUGUUGAGCAAAAGCCACGACCUGCCGGGCCUUGGGAGAAGCAACCAGAAGUCCAGUACAGGCAGGUGGCCUUACCCUGUCCACCGUGUCUACAGCCAGUACCAGUAGAUUGUUUUGGCAAACAUGAGACUCAUCCUCUACCAUGUUCACAAGCAAGAAGCUUUUCUUGCCAGAGGACGUGUGGUAGGCUACUACUGUGCGGUAAUCACCGUUGUCAGCUAGAAUGUCAUGUGGUCACAGGAGCGACGAGUGAUGAAAUGGCUGGAUCAGAGUGUAUGCCUUGUGAAGAGAAAUGCAGCAAGCCACGUCCACAAGACUGCCCUCACAAGUGUCAGCUGCCUUGUCACUCAACACAGUGUCCAACUUGCGAGAAGAGUAACAAGAUGCGUUGUCACUGUCGUAACAUGUUACUCUAUGUUAAAUGCAGUGAAUGGACAAAGGCAUCUGCGUCAGAAAGAGAUGAAAAGCAGUCCUGUAAAGGCCCAUGCCCGCAGAUGAUGAGCUGUGAUCACCUCUGUAGUAAGCAGUGCCAUUCAGGGGACUGUGCACUCCCAUCAGAAUGUACCGGCAAGAAGGCCAUCAAGUGUCCAUGCAAGAGACGCAAAAAGAAUUUCCCCUGUCCGCUUGUGCAAUCAAAUGAAGCCAAAUUAGAGUGUGAUGAUAACUGCAAGCAAUUGAUAGAAAAACAGAAGAAAUUGAAAGAAGAGGAAGAAUUAAGGAAUGAACUAGAGCUGAAAAAACAACAGAUGCGAGAUGAAGAGGAAUUUAAACGAGUGAUGAAUAAAGGCAAGAAGCAUAGACGAAGGAAGAACGAGGAAAUUGAAUAUAAACCGUGGUGGAGGAGUCAAUAUGUUACAAUCGGAGCUGUCCUCCUCUUGGCCUUGAUUUUCGGUUUUUAUCUCAUGAAUAUGUAAAUUUAAUUGUAAAGUGAUGGUUGUGGCAGUUCACUCCAUAGCACACAAUGUAAUACUUGAAUGCUAUAUUUUUAUAGCACAUAUUGCAAUAAAGUGCCUAUGUGUGCUUUACAUUGUUGCACACCCCUACUUCUCCGUUAGUGGUGGCCCAUGUUUUAGUCAGUCGCGGAGACUGAUGUACCUUUUUCGUGUGUUUGCCUUUUUUCGAAUAUAUUAUAAUUAUAAUUGAGAUAAUUAACACUGAUUAUAUACAUUACAGUAUUAUACUGCAUCCAUUUAAAUAUUCACCUGAAUGCUCA